AAGACGCAGCAGGCCGCACGGCAUUGUGGGAGAGGGAGAUUGGUCAGGGAGCCAUUGGGGACGCCGCCGAGAUGUGUUGAGGACUGGACAGGGCAGCCAUGAGCCUGAGCGCCGCCCUGUGCCUGCUGCUGAGCGCUGUCGGUGCGAGCGGCGCUAUUGUUUUCACCAAGCAGCCAUCUUCCCAGGAUGCUUUGCACGGCCGCAGCGCCUUCCUGCGCUGUGAGGUGGAGGAUCCUGCGCAGGUGGAGUUUGAGUGGCUGCAGAACGGGCUUGCUGUGAAGGACACUGAGCGGCGAUAUCAUGAUGGCGGGAGUCUGACUAUUACCGCCGUUGACCGGAGACUGGAUGCAGGAAAUUUCCAGUGCGUGGCGAGGGACCGGAGCAGCGGCGAGGAGGAGCGGAGCGCCAACGCCUCAUUCAACAUUAAAUGGAUAGAGAGCGGUCCGGUGUCCCUGCAGAGUCCGGGCAGCGUCAGCGACAUCCAGAGCCAGUCGCCGAUCACCCUGCGCUGUCACAUCGAUGGCCACCCCCGGCCAAUCUGUCAGUGGUUCAGAGAUGGAACGCCCCUGGUGGAUGAUGGGAGCGGCUAUUCUGUCAAUAACAAGGAGCGCACGCUGACGAUCCGCAGCGCAGGAGUCGACGACAGCGGCGAGUAUUACUGCUGUGCGCACAGCGCCGCCGGUGAGGUCUGCAGCAACCGCAACCUCACUCUCCACAUCAUCGAUGAGAGUUUCCCGCGGGCGGAGCUCGUACCCCAGGACCAGAUCGUGACGGAGAACGAGGACGCCAUGUUCCACUGUCGCUUCUCUGCCGAUCCGCCCCCAACUCUUGAGUGGUUCUUUAAAGACACUCAACUGACUAACAAGUCUCGCAGGAUCACACUCUUUCAGAAUGGCUCCCUGCUCAUCACCUCUGUGAAGCUCCGGAAUAACGGCACGUAUCGCUGCGUGGGCACCGGCCUGCGGGGGAAGCAGGUGGUCCUCCAGGCCACGCUCAGCCUUGAAGCGAUAGACGAGAUGCGUCCACUCUCCCCGCGGGUCUUCAUCGCAGACACCGUUCAGCGCAUCUCAUGUGAACGGCCGCGAGGUCAGCCGCCGCCAACCUUAUGGUGGACCAGAAGUGGGCAGCGAUUACCAGCGCAGGGCCGGGUGUACCAGGACGGCAGCGAUCUGGUCUUCAGUCCCGUCACUGAGGAGGACGCCGGAACCUACAGCUGCAUGGCCGCCAACACGGCAGGGAAGCGCCGGCAGGACGUGCAGGUCACCGUGGCAACACCUCCGGAGUGGGUGCAGAAACCGCAGGACACGGGGAUGGAUGAGGGAAGGUCCGGAUUUCUUCACUGCCUGAGCCGCGCUUCUCUGGAGCCAAGUGUCACCUGGUACCGCAAUGCAAUCCCGAUCUCGGCUGAGGACACGCGCUUUGAGGUCUUUCAGAACGGGACUCUGAAGAUUGUGAAUGUCGAGGUCUAUGAUGGCACAGUCUACACAUGUGUGAGCAGCACGCCGGCCGGCAGCAUUGAGGCGCAGGCGCGGGUCCUGGUGCUGGAGAAUUUAAAGUUCACACCCCCUCCGCAGUCCCAGCAGUGUGUGGAGCUGGACAAAGAAGCCACAGUGCAGUGCUCCGCCACCGGCCGCGAGAAGCCCACCGUACGGUGGCUGAAGGGAGAUGGGAGCGAUCUUCCUUCUCAUGUGGACUCUGAGGCCGGGCACCUGCGCUUCCACCGCGUCAGCCGCAGCGAUGCUGGGAAUUAUACGUGUACUGCUUCCAACCUCCAGCAAGGGGAGAUCCGGGCGUCUGUGCACCUCAUUGUGGCAGUGUACGUCAGCUUCAGAGUCGUCCCUGAGAACACCACCGUCUACCAGGGGCACACGGCCACGCUGCACUGCCAGGCUGCAGGAGACCCCACCCCGCACGUUCAGUGGAGAGGACGGGAAGGCUUGCUGGAUGCCACCAAGUCUUAUCACCGGAUCCAGAUCUUUCCUAAUGGCUCCCUGGUGAUCUAUCAGGUGUCCAGCGAGGACACUGGCAAAUACACCUGCAUAGCUGGCAACGUCUGCAAUAUCAAGCACCGCGAUACCUUCCUCUAUGUUGUAGAUAAGCCCAAUGUUUCGUCUGAUCCGGAUACCAGCACGCCCUACAAGAUGAUCCAGACGAUCGGGCUGUCGGUGGGAGCGGCGGUGGCCUACAUCAUCAUUGUCCUGGGCCUCAUGUUCUACUGCAAGAAACGGCGGAAAGCAAAAAGACUGGGCAAGAAUGAGGGCGAGGAGCCGGAGAUGGAGUGUCUGAACGGUGGAGCCGCUCUACAGAACGGACAGGCGACUGCAGAGAUCCCGGAGGAGGUGCCGCUGACCACCCUGGGGAACAAGAGGAUGAGCUCCGGGGACAGGAUGAACUUCCCCCGCAGCAGCCUCCACCCGAUAACCACGCUGGGUCGCGGGGAGUUCGGGGAGGUUUUCUUGGCGAAGGCUCAGGGCAUCGACUCGGGCUCCAGAGAUGCUGUGGUUGUGGUCAAAGCCCUGCAGACCCGCGAUGAGCAGCUGCAGAUGGACUUCAGGCGGGAGCUGGACAUGUUCGCCAAACUCAAUCACAAUAACGUGGUGCGGCUGCUCGGCCAGUGCCGCGAGGCUGAACCACACUACAUGAUGCUGGAAUACGUGGACCUAGGAGACCUGAAGCAAUUCCUGAGAAUCUCCAAGAGCAAAGACGAGAAGAUGAAGCCUCUCAGCACCAAGCAUAAGGUGGCGCUUUGCUCUCAGGUGGCGCUGGGAAUGGAGCAUCUCUCCAACCAUCGCUUUGUCCACAAAGACCUGGCCGCUCGGAACUGUCUGGUGAGCGCUCAGCGGGUGGUCAAGGUGUCCGCCCUGGGGCUGAACAAGGACGUGUAUAACAGUGAAUAUUACCACCUGCGCCAGGCCUGGGUGCCGCUGCGCUGGAUGCCUACAGAGGCCGUGCAGGACGACGACUUCUCCACCAAAUCUGACGUCUGGUCCUUUGGGGUCUUGAUGUGGGAAGUCUUUACCCUGGGAGAGAUGCCUUACACUGACAUGGCAGAUGACGGGGUGCUUGCUGGUCUACAGGACGGAUCCCUGAAGCUGAUGGCUCCGGAGAACUGCUCCUCACGUUACUACAAGCUGAUGCAGCGCUGCUGGGCCUCCAGCCCCAAAGAUCGCCCCUCGUUCAGCGACAUCGCCAACACGCUGGGAGACACCCCGUCAGACAGUAAGAUGUGAGGCGGGAGGACGUCACCAGGGACGAGCACAGAAUCUGCCUCAGGGAGGGCGAGCACCGGCCAGACAUUGUACCACGCUGCUGCAGUCUCCGGCUGGUUCUGGUGCUGACAUUAUGGACCUCAGUGGGGGGGGUGGGCUUCCCUCCAUAA